GCCAGAACCCAGAACGCAUCUUUUUGGAGGCCAAAGAGGAGCGGAGCGGAGGCUGGUCGAUGCCUACACGCGGCUUUUUUGACCAGUAACGGUACAGACAGACCCACGCUGGUGCGUUAUCACCGCAAGGUCACUACCGCGCGCUCGUCAUCUCGCCAAAUUUCGGCUGCUGCCUGUUUUGCAUGUGCGCCUGACCGGAGAGGAUGGACCGCUUAGACAAAUCCAUUGACGGCCUCCACAGGGCCUCCAUCUGGGGCUUACAGGCGGGUGUAGCGGCGUACGUGUUGACCGCCGUGACUGGCUUCCUGCGCAUCACCUCGAUUUGCCCAUGUUUGGCUUUCCUCCUCUUUUUCAUUAUUGGAUCAGCCGUGGCAGCUUUUAUUGCUACGCUUGAGAUAAAACCCGAAGGAAAAGCUGUUCUCGUGACUGGCUGCGACUCUGGAUUUGGCUAUCACCUCGCUCUACGACUCGAAAAAUUGGGCUUCGUAAUUUUCGCCGCGUGCCUGGACAAGAACGGCGAUGGCGCGAAAAAGCUGAAGAAGGAGGGCGGCGACAAACUGAUUCCCGUCCAAAUGAAUGUGACCUCUGACGAGCAGAUAGCGUCCACUUUGGACGAGGUUACCGAGGAAUUGAACAAGAGAGGGAUCAAUGGCCUGUGGGGGUUGGUGAACAACGCCGGGCUGAGCACCUUUGGCCACAUCGAGUGGAUUUCGGAAAACGACUCGCGCAAAGUGAUGGAGGUCAACACUUGGGGAGUAGUCAAAGCAACCAAGGCGUUUCUGCCUUUGAUCAGGAGAGCAUCUGGACGAGUGGUGAAUGUGACGAGCGCCUUGGGCCGCUUUUCGUCGCUCGGCAGGUCCAGCUACGGCAUGACCAAGCACGCCAUUGAGGCCUUCUCAGACGUCCUCCGCUUUGAAAUCAGACGUUUCGGGGUGCACGUCAGCAUUGUCGAGCCCGGAAAUUUCAUUGCUGCUACUAGUCUAUACUCAAUGGACGCGGUGAAAGCACACUCGAGCAGAAUGUGGAAUGCGAUGAGCGACGAAUUAAAGAAUGCCUACGGAGAGGACUACUACAACCAAGUGUUCAAAAACAUGGUUGACUACACCACCAAAGGCCCCACCGAUCUUGAACCGGCCCUGUUGUGCCUGACUCAACCUUUGGUGCAAACGUUCCCUGCACCGAGGUACCAGCCGAUGGAACUGGACUGGAAAAUCCGAUGCCUCGUGCAGACACACCUUCCCGAAUGGAUCUACGAGCGAAUCUACAUUAACUAAAAAUUGACGUAAAGAGAGUAGCGUGACCAACUACUAUUAUUCCUUUUGAGAGCAGUUUUGCCUGAUGAUAGAACAAAUGUCAGCAGAAACAAAUGGAGUUGAGUGUAGGAUUGAUGAGUUGCGAAUAAAGCUCAACGUUUUAUCUUA